AUGGGGCAGAAAAUAGCAAUGAACCAAUGAUAUGGCGCCACGUUUUCCAGAGAAAUUGUGCGUAGAUGGAGAAGGUGGUCCCACAAAGCCAUGGAAAUCGUCACUUCAUUACGGUUAAAAUUUGAUCAUCACUCACAGUAAGCGCCAUUUCCUGUUCUUCACUCUUCCAAUACACAAACUCAAUUAACACUCAAAUCUGCUUGAGGAGCUCAUCUUUGGAGUAGUGGUAUUUGAUACUGGUGCUCGCUUCAAUCAGCUUCAUCAACAAAUAGAGAUAACGAAGGGGAUGUAUUGGAAGAAGAUGUUAUGGGUAACAAUGAAGAUACGGCUGGUAUAGACAAAGAUAACAAAAGAGACUCACUGGGUAAAGAUGAAUAUGAAGGAAAUGACGAAGAAAAAAAUAUAGAAAAAUUGGAAGCAAUUACAAAUCAAACGACCAAAAAAUCUAUGAAAGGGAAUACACGGAAGAGAAAGGCAAAUGAAAACCCUGAAGGGAAGGGUGAAAUUAAGCAGGUUCUGAAGAAAGUAGCUUCUGAAGGCAAGGUUAAUGAGUACUGUGGAAACUUGGCGCACAAAGGUGACAAUGAUCAGGAUUCUAAGGGAACAGAAAUGGGAAAUUUAGUCUCCACAUGUGAUGAUGAAAGCUCUAAGAAGGUUACCCCUGGAGAUGAAGCUAAGAUGAGCCCUGAGAAAUUGUCUAGUGAAGGCAGAGACAUUCCUGAGCAGGUUGAUAGCAUGGGUAUGAUAUUCAUGUGCAAUUCUGAGACAAAGAAGGACUGCUAUGGGUACAAGGUUGUGGGACUCCCAGCAAACAAGAGAGAGAUGGUUGAAAAAGUUUAUAAAGGGAUGAAACUAUUUCUAUAUGACGUUGAUUUGAAAUUGAUGUAUGGGAUCUACAAAGCUGCAGAAAAUGGCGGUUUUAGCAUUGAACCCAAGGCAUUUAAGUCUCAAUUCCCAUCCCAGGUUCGUUUUUCCAUUGUUGAUGAUUGCUUACCAUUAGCAGAGGAGAAAUUUAGGGAAGUGAUUAAAACAAACUAUUACACGAAGACAAAGUUUGAUUGCAAAUUGACCUCUGAACAGGUGAACAAUUUGUGUAAGCUUUUCAUUUCUGCUAGCAAAGCAUCGGGUAUACAACUCAAAUCAGAGACCAGUACUAUGGACAAGACGAGUUUAACUAAGGGGCGGCGCAUGGAUAAAAGUAGACUGCCUGAACAUGUUCGACAAACUAAAUGGAUGGAAGUGCCUAGGUACCACUCACAUCCACAUCUGCUGGAAAGGGAUGUAGUUACAACUCCAUUGCUGCCAUUAGCUUGGCCUCAAAAUUCACUACCACUUCUUGAUGGUCAAUCACAUAACAGAACUUUGGAAAACGGUGUUUAUGGAUGUGACACAAUGACACAUAAUCGUGAUACUUCCAGAGAGGGACGACUGGUGGAGCCUCAUGAUUCUUAUAGGCGGGACAAACUGCUAAAUCCUGAUUUUUACAGAGGAGAGGCUUUAGCAGAGCAUUAUGAUUAUCCCAGACAGGAUGGAUUAGUAGAGCAUCGCGAAUAUCAGCUAGUAAAUGUGGAAGCAGGACUCCAGGAUGUUGUAAACCAUCAUCCCUAUGCUUUAUACUCUGAGAAUUUGUCCUCCCAAGAUCCUGUGUACUCGUCACAUCCCACGUAUAAUCCUCCACCAGGCUUACGACCUGAAUACCGUCUUGGUAGCCUAUUAAGUGAGUACAGUUCUACCAGAGGCAUGCCUCCUGAGUACCAUUCGUCUCCAAACUCUCUGCCCGCGUUCCAUUAUCAUCAACCCGUAUACUCCCAAGAUCAUCUGUAUUCGCCACAUCCCACGUAUAAUCCUCCACCAGGCUUACGACCUGAAUACCGUCUUGGUAGCCUAUUAAGUGGGUACAGUUCUACCAGAGGCAUGCCUCCUGAGUACCAUUCAUCUCCAAACUCUCUGCCCGCGUUCCAUUAGCAUCAACCCGUAUACCGAUAUUAGGUUCCGUCAAAGGAUUUUGCAGCUUGUUCUAUAAACCCAUGGAAUUUAAUUACAAGUUGGAUCCUUAAUUACAUGAUUGUGAGUCAAGCUGAGCUUAGAGUGGACCUAAUGGUAAUUUUUUUGUUUGUUUGAAAAUUCAGUAUAUACCAUUUGUGGAAGAUUGAUCCUAGUUCUGAAACUUCUGGAAAAGGUAGAUGAACUCAACUCUUAGCAAACUGAAGGUAGAUGAACUCAACUGUCUCACCAAAUGAGAGAUCAUUGUUCUAUUUUAAUUGACAUAUAUGUUUGCCAGAAGAUGCUUGAGGAUAUUUCACAGAUGAGGCUUCAUUUGCUGAUCAGAUCUUUCAGUAGUAUCUUAUACUUUUGGCUAGUCUUCCUUUGACAUGCAUGGUGAUAAUAGACAGUUAAGGCACUGCUAUAAAAAUUGUGGUCUAGGACUCACAAUACAGAGACUAAUGACUAAACAAACGAUGUCUAGGCCUCAGUUCAUCAGUCUGCAAUCUUAACAAGAUAGGAGUAACAAAAACCCUCAUCACUCUAGCUACGGCCAUGCACUUAAAAAUUAUUGUAAAUUGUUAAUUAAGAGGUAGUUUGUUUCUUAAAUUGUACAGUAACAUCUAUUAAUUUGUUGGUACAGUCUUACGCCUUACUUGAGAAAACAACCAGAGACAAAUAACUUGAUUUGAUUAUCCAUGAAAGAACAGUUCCUAUCUCAAGAGAGUAAAUUACCAUUAUGUCAGUCUAAUA